AUGGUUAAAAAUAUAGAAGUGGCUGUUAGACAAAAUAAUGCGAAAGACUUGGCACUUGAUCAUGCUAUACAUAUGUUGCUCGCUGGGGAGGCAGUAUUUCUGGGUUUUCAGCACUACAUUUUGGCCCUUGGAACUGCAGUGAUGAUCCCUUCUUUCCUUGUUCCUUACAUGGGUGGUACUGAUGGUGAUAAAGUCAGAGUAGUACAGACUCUACUGUUUAUUGAAGGAAUUAACACACUUCUUCAAACUCUCUUUGGAACCAGACUGCCUACUGUUAUUAGAGGGUCUUAUGCAUUCAUGGUCCCUAUUAUAUCUAUCAUUCAUGAUUCAUCAUUGGCUAGUAUUGAGGACCCUCAUAUCGCGGUGUGUUUUGCUUUAAUGGGCAUUGGCAGCUCAUUUCAUGCUCAAGAAACUGCUUCAAUCGACGAGGAUUUCUCCGACCUUGAACUUUUGCAGUUCUUUCGUAUCCAAGGUCUCGACAAGUCCGGCAAUCGAAUUUUUCGCAUCGUCGGAAAGUACUUUCCCGCUCCAAUUGUGAGCGCAGAUCGUUUGAAGAGGUAUAUUGUUCAAAAGCUAUGCAGUGAAUUGCCUGAAGGGCCAUUCUCCAUUGUUUACAUGCAUAGUACUGUCCAGAAAGAGGAUAACUCCCCUGGGAUCACUAUCUUGAGGUGGAUUUAUGAAGACCUUCCUUCUGAUUUCAAAGACAGGCUUCAAUUUGUCUACUUUGUUCAUCCUGGGCUUCGCUCGCAGCUUGUAUUUGCUACCCUCGGGCGAUUCUUCCUAAGUGGAGGUCUGUAUUGGAAGAUCAAGUACGUGAGUCGUUUGCAGUACCUUUGGGAUGAUGUAAAGAAGGAAGACAUUGAAAUUUCUGAAUUUGUGAAAUCUCAUGAUGAUUUUCUGGAACACAGACCACUAACAGAUUAUGGUAUUGAACCAGACCCUCUUCACUUAACUGAGGUUCCUGCCAUGGCUUGCUCAUAUGGGAGAUAUGAAGAGAGAUGGGCAUCAAGACAUGAUAUGUCCUAGUUUAGCUAAUGCAUUUCAGUCCAAGUUAAGGCCUUACUAAAAGGUAAAUGUUAAAGUUAUAAUACAACACUAGCAUUGUACAUAUUUAUCCUUUUGUGUUCUUCACCUUAUUAUUCUUAUUAGUAAUUUGAACUGGCGAUCAGAACCUGUAUAUUGUUUUGGACAUCUUUACCUUUAGUAGACCGGCCAUGUUGAUUGGUUGUGUGUAAAAAAUAAGUGUUUAUUAGGCACAUGGAAUCUUGAACCAGAAGAUGAUGAACCUAGAUCAAAGAGACUAGUAGUAGGAGCUUGAAGAAUAACAUUUCAUUAUCAAACUGAAAUUGCUGUAUUUUACUGUAUUGUCAAAUUAUUGGUGCUAUACUGUUGAUUAUGAAGGACAACAUGUUUUAUUGUUA